UCCACAUUUCAAUUGUGGGCUUUUAUUUUGAAGGAUUUAAUAUUACCAUACGAAAGUGACGGGAUUGUUUGUACUUCUGGCGGAAUAUUAAUCACCGUCCCAUUGUUGUUUGUUGAGGCAGCUGGCUAGCUAACUUAGGACCUACACAAGUCACCAUGGGGAAAGAUCCUAGGAAACCGAGAGGCAAGAUGUCGUCAUAUGCUUACUUCGUGCAGACCUGCAGGGCGGAGCACAAGAAGAAACACCCCGAAGCCAGUGUCAACUUCGCUGAGUUCUCCAAGAAAUGCUCAGAGCGAUGGAAGCCCAUGUCUCCUAAAGAAAAAGGCAAGUUUGAAGACAUGGCGAAGCAAGACAAGGUCCGCUACGAGAGAGAAAUGAAGAACUACAUCCCACCCAAUGGCCAGAAAAAGAAGAGGUUCAAGGAUCCUAAUGCCCCCAAGAGACCACCGUCUGCGUUCUUCAUCUUCUGUGCUGACUUCCGGGCCAAGAUAAAGAGCGAGCACCCAGGCCUGUCCAUUGGAGACACUGCUAAGAAGCUGGGAGUGAUGUGGAACAGCUCUGCAGCUGAGGAGAAGAAGCCGUACGAGAAGAAGGCUGCCACGCUGAAGGAGAAAUACGACAAGGAUAUCGCCUCAUACCGCACCAAUGGUAGAGUGGAUACGGCCUCCUCCGCAGCUGCUGACGACGAAGAAGAGGAUGAUGAGGAAGAUGACGAUGAGGAUGAGGAUGAUGACGAGUAGCCUCUCUGCUGUUGUAGCCUACAUACUUGUUUUAAUGCUAUGUAACUAUUGUACACACCUUACAUCUCUGAACAGACCCAGAUGCAACGAGAACACAUUAGGAUGUGUGUAUAUUUAAUGUUCUUAAGAUGGAUGGUGUUAUGCUCCCUUAAAGUUAACACUACAUGUCUUGAAUUUGAUGUUCUGAUAUUUUUGUUGUUGUUCCUGCCCUUGCCUGUGACUGCUUUGGAGGAUUAUGAAUCAAUAUGGAAGUAAUAGGUGUGCAACUCUCAAAUCAGAUUUCUGGGUUGGUAGCUAGUGUUUUUUUUUUUUUCUGUAUUUGUUUGAAAGAAUAUUUUUUCAUGUUUGUCACAAGGUCUUUUUAUUGUUCUUUGAAUACCACUCUAAUUGCAGCUGACAUUCAGGAAUGUCUUAAAUAAAGGUCUUUUUUAAUAAA